AGCUGCCUGACAGGCGUCCCGAGCCCAGAGCGCUGCGAGCGGCGGCGGUCAUGAGCGCCCUGGACCUUGCCCGCGUGGGCGCGUGUGUCCUGAAGCACGCGGUGACCGGGGAGGCCGUGGAGCUCCGCAGCCUGUGGCAAGAACAGGCGUGCGUGGUGGCCGGACUGCGGCGCUUCGGCUGCGUGGUGUGUCGCUGGAUCGCCAGGGACCUCAGCGGCCUGGGCGCGCUCCUGCAGCGGCACGGGGUGCGCCUGGUGGGCGUGGGGCCCGAGGCUCUGGGCCUGCAGGAGUUCCUGGACGGCGGCUACUUCACCGGAGAGCUCUUCCUGGAUGAGACCAAGCAAUUCUACAAGGAGCUGGGCUUCAGGCGAUACAGCGGCCUGAGCAUCCUGCCAGCUGCCCUGGGAAGGCCCGUGCGGGAGGUGGCUGCCAAGGCCAAGGCGGUCGGCAUCCAGGGGAACCUGUCAGGAGACCUGCUGCAGAGCGGGGGGCUGCUGGUGGUCACCAAAGGCGGGGAGCGGGUACUGCUACACUUCGUGCAGAAGUCACCAGGUGACUACGUCCCCCGGGAGCACAUCCUACAGGCCCUGGGCAUCACCGAGGAGGCCAGUUCCAGUGGGCAGGGACCGCCCCAGUGUGGUGAGGACUCGUGUGCCAGGUGAAGCCUCUGAGCACUGCGGCCCUUCUGCUGAGCUCCUCCACCAGUGAGCAUUAAAGCCGUUC